AUGCUCCUGUGUGCGUUGGCCUGCUGGCAGCCCAAGUCUCUAAGGCAAAAGACAGGUAGACAAGGUGCCGAUGCUCUGUCGUCAGGGGCGUCGGCUCCCGUUGUCGCCACCGCCUUUGAUGACAUCCCCAAGAUCAUGAGGCAAGCUUUGACCAUUUUGGAUGAUGUCCACGAGCUUCGCCAUUACAGUUCAGAGACUGUGCAUUUGGAGCCCAAAUCUUUGUUGAAGCCUGUGGAUGGGGCAUUCCCUUGGCCGAUUUGUUCCGGCGGGACGUUCAAAGACAUUGCUCAAAGGGCUUGGGCUGAUCCAGAGCGCUUGAUAGAGAUGAGCGCCUGCUUUCGCCACAAAGCUGGCCUGGUGGAGUCAGCUGACAAGGAAGAAUUUGUCCAACAGUUCUGUAAGCUGGAUGGUGAGACCGUGACCUUACGACUUCCUUGCGCCCCUCUUCGGCCUGUCAACUUGGCAGUUGGCUCGCUUUACUUCAGCGAUGGCUCUCAGAAGACAUUGGGCGCCUUCCUUGUUUGGAUUUGCCUGAUGUUGGCGACUCAGCUGCCUGAUUUUGAGGACAGCGACUAUGAGAACCCUUCCUUCUUGGCUUUGGUGGGGUCCUUGCUACGAAUCAGAAGUGUGCAAAAGUCUACGGUGGGCGCUGGUGACGAGAUAGACAACACCAUCGCUCGCAUCGUGAAACAAAAUGUCGACAGCAAAGUUCAAGCUGUUUCGAGUUUGACUUGGGCCAGCAUCCUUGCGAGCAUGGGCGAAGGUGUGAGUCUAGACACCUUGAUUGCUCGAUACAACAACCACCCUGAGGUGAAGGCCUUCGAGAACCAGCAAGCGACUGGAAGCAUCUCUUUGGACGGUCGAAAGAGACAGGCCGUCAAAAACUAUUUGGAGAAGACCGCGGCCCCAGCUUUCGGGGUCCUUCUGAAAAGCACCCAUGACAUUUGCUGGGCGCUUGGCCCUUUUGGCGAGUCGUUUGGGUCCUACACGCACAUGUUCCUUGGCAGCUGCGCCAAUUUGGAGUCUUCGCAGCCCAAUGAAGAUGAGAUGAUUGUGAACAUGUUCGAGCGAACCACCUCCAUGAUCGCCGUUCCCCAGAAGAAGCGGUACAGACUCAGCGGCGAUGACCUGUUCCGUGUCAGGAAUAUGGUGUGCCUGUUCGAUCAAAUCUACCCCCACCUUGGUGCUCGCAUUGGUCUUGACGCCGCUAACAAAUGGCUCGAAGAUAUCCGCUCUGGGACGCAUCGAGAUGCUGACCUCAUGUCCUUGCUGCACAUGAGGCCACCCAUUUUUGCAAUGAGUAUGUUGCCCUCAGAGCAGGAGCAAUCCAAGCGAUCCUUGGAGGAGCUGGAGAUCAAGAAGUGUGAGGAUAAGGAAUCUCAGAAAGCAGAGGUGACUGCAGCGCAGUGGGCCUUUUUCAAAGGAGCGCUUAGCAGAGAUCAAUCAAAGCUUGACAGUGUCCAGCAGGCUCCUCGCAAUGUGCGCCUCCGGCUUCAUGCCAAGCAAGUGGCGCAUCGAUCUCGCCUCGUUGCAGAAGGUGAAGAGAGCUUCUUGAAGGUGAUUGCGUUGGAGAAGAUGGAUUUGCUGGGAAGCGAGAUCAGCAAAUACAAGAGCCAGAUCGCUGAUGCCAUGCAGGUUGGCGUCGACUCCAUUCACUGCCUGGGCCUUUGCGACUACAACGCCCCCGGAGCACGCCAGAACACCAAAGCCGAGUCGCUAGCACAAGGCAUGGCUAUGAUCAAUUCCUCCGGGUCGUUGGCAAAAAACUCCGUGAUUUGCCUUUUGCCAGACCACCCAAAGGACUCGUCGAUUCGGGGAUUGUAUGACGAGGAGAGGGUGAUCAUGGAAGCGUUGUUCUCGCAGCAGCAGUCCGUGGAGUGCCGCUUCAUUGACCUUUUCACUCGCGAAAAGAAGUCUGAAAACAAGACCAAUACGAGGAGAUUCGCUGCUGGGCGAGUAGUUGUGCACGGUGACACCCUGGACAGCAAUUUUUGGCUAUCUUCUGAGCUUGCGGUGUGCGGCAGACCUGUCGGCCGUGCUGAAGGAGAACAAGGUGCUCCGACGAGCAUCCUUCCUCGUGCAAGUGCCCUUCUGCUUCCCGAAGCUGGAAGUCCGGACCAAGAUCUAAAGCUGGCAGAAAGGACCCGGCCGUCGCCGGAACAGACCAGCGCGCAGAAAGGCACUGCGCGGCUCGAGCUCUUGAUCGAGAGCGCCUUCCGUCACACCAGGAUCACCGGCCCGACGAUUUUGGUGAACUUGACUGGCUAUGUCGAGGAAGCUGCUGCUGCUGUUUUGAACCUGCGAAUCAAAGGCAAAUUGGCUGGUGAUGGAGGUGGGUACGACUUUGCGGACCUGCACUACCUGUCGGCUCACACGCUGGAGUCGAAAAGUGGCAUUGCCUAUGCAAAAACCCGGGUAUACCGAGAGUUGUUGGAUGCCUGGCUCAGCAAGCGCAUUGUCUUCCAAGGGAAAAGAUUUGACGACACUGACAUCGCCUUGACCGACAAGGAGCUGGCCGAGAUCCCGCAUGCCCAAUGCAUCAAAUCCGCUGACGCGCUGGAAUUGGAAGCUUGUGUCCGCCAAGGAACCAAGAUCGCGAUCCAUCCUGACCAAGUAAAGCAGUGGACAAGUUCGGGCGCUGCGCUGGAAGCUGAGUUCAAGAAGUUGGAGGCCAACCACAUUGAAAAAUACCAGAACUGCUUGGCUUCUGUGAUUACCGCGCAGGCUCAGAGUAGCUCUUCGCUUCCGACAGCAGCUGGGGCUGUGGUGGCUGCUGACGACGAGAACAACGAGGAUGAUCCCCCUCCGGCAUCGCCGGCCCCUGUGACCCAAGAUUCUGAGUUCGCUUCAUUGGAGAAACUUCGCGAAUCUGAUGCCGUGGAGGUCAAGUGUGCUUCAGAGGUCGCAGGAGUGGACUUGAUCAAGACGGCUUCUGGAAAGAUUUGGCUUCUUUCAGAGAAAGAUCGAGUUGUGCCACGAUUUUCUCAAAUUGGAGGCUACGGGACUGGGAAGUACGUUCCCACCAGUGAAGCCGGUGAUGGUGUAGCGCUGGAAUGGCCAGAGAAGGACAAGACAUUGGUCCAAGUCGAUCAGAGCUCCGUGACCCCUGAGAGCAACCAGAUUCAAGUCAUGUCACUGUACCGGUUUUUGGUGCAGCUAGAACGGACCAAGAAAUUGUCGGUCUACCAGCUGAGCUACAGUGAAUGCACCCGGAAGCCCACAAACACAGCUUCGGGAAACAGCGAUGGAUUUGAGAUCACAUUGAAGGACGCUCAGAAGUACAAGUCGCUGGCUGGAGCAGACAGGACUGUGACAGCCAAGUCCUUCUUUGCUGCCAUCAUGGCCAAGGUGGACCAGUCAGCCUUCAUCGGCAAAAUUUUCCGUUGGAGGUUUGAGCGCGUGCACGCAGUGUGCAAGGUGCAGAAGCCUUACGUGAUCUUGAGGUCAGCCUUGCAGUUGAAAGCCGGUCGUCCUUUUCAGAUUGCCUAG